CCAAGGAGUUAACACCACAACGGAAGUGACAUAGUACAAAGGGAAACGUCUGGGGCAAAGUCACAAGGCCUCACGGUAGCAGCGGCGUGGUUUUAGCCAAAUUCACAUCCUAGUUUGCCUCCUAAAGCUAUGGUAUCUACACGUGGCUAUGAUCAUUACAGCCAUACCAGAUGUAGCCGAUAAUCAGUUAUCUUCAUCUCUUCUGCUCUGAACAUUGAAGAUAUCGAAUAGUAAUUCAGAGACACAACAACAGCUUUGUCUUUGCAUCUAUGGCGUCGAUGCCGACGAUCAAACUUGUUCUCCUAGUCUGCUACGUUUCUCUUCUCUGCCUUGCAUCAUCAUCAUCACCUGAUCUUUCUGGAAUAUCUAAACCAUCUUCUUCGCAGAAAGUCUCGCUGGGACUGUACUACGAGUCUCUAUGUCCAUACUGUUCUUCCUUCAUAGUAAACCACCUCACAAAGCUCUUCGAAGACGAUCUCAUAUCAAUCGUCGACCUCCAUCUGUCUCCCUGGGGCAACACCAAGCUCCGCUCCGAUAAUGACACCGUCGUUUGCCAGCACGGUGCAUAUGAAUGCUUCUUGGACACGGUAGAAGCUUGUGCGAUUGAUGUUUGGCCUGAAUUGAGCGAUCAUUUCCCGUUCAUUUACUGUGUUGAGAGUUUGGUGAUUGAACACAAGUACAAAAAGUGGGAGACUUGUUAUGAGAAGCUCAAUCUGAACUCAAAACAUGUAUCGGAUUGCCUCAGCAGUGGACAUGGGAAAGAGCUUCAGUUGCAGUAUGCUGCAGAAACUAGUGCACUUGAGCCGCCUCAUAAAUACGUUCCCUGGGUUGUCGUGGAUGGUCAGCCACUUUAUGAGGAUUAUGAAAACUUCAUAAGCUACAUCUGCAAGGCUUACAAAGGUAACAAACUGCCUGGAGCGUGUGCCAAAUAUUCUUCCAUCCGUAGUGUCAAAGUGAAUCGCUUCCCUCUGGUUUGCCGGAAUGGAGUCUAUACGAUGUGGGAUUUGUUGGAACGUAUCAAAACCUCUUUGUUGUCAUUCGUCACAGGCCUGCUAUAAACACCUUGUCUUGCUGUUGUGCUGUGUAGCAUGAUACCCUGAAAAGCUUAUAUAGAUUUCUUAGUUAUGAUGAAGAUGUAUGGUUUACAUAUCAGAAUCCAUGUUUGUUGGGUUGUGUCAGUGACCUCAAGUCUUGUGAUAAUAAAUGGAACAGUUUGUUUUC